AAACAGAUGAGGAAGCGUUUUUUUUCUCUGAGAAUUGUGUCUCUUUGGAAUUCCCUUCCUCAAAAAGCAGUGGAUGCAAAAUCUUUAAAUAUUUUUAAGGCAGAGGCAGGUAGAUUCUUAAUUACCAUGGGCCCGAAAGAUUAUUUGGGAGGCACAGGAAAUUAUAAUUGAGAUUAAAAUCAGAUCAGCCAUGGUCUUAUUGAAUGGGCUAGCAUGCACCCUCUCUGUCCUUGCUAUCCCUACCACUCUGUCCCUCCAUUCUCCCUAUUCCCAUCUCCCCUAAGAAAUCCCCUUACAAGCCCAUUACACCUGCCCCAGUACCCACUAACCUCUGCUCCCAGUUACCUAAACGCUUCCUCGGAUUACCCCAACCCACUUAUUCCCAGAUUCCCUCCUUCCUCUGUUACACAUCACCCCCGUGCCCAGUUACACCUACUCUUGUUCCUUGUUCAUAGGAUAGACCAUUUAGGACUGAGAUGAGGAAAAGUCUCUUCAAAGGACAGUGAACCUGUGGAAUUCUGUACCCCAGAAUGCAUUAAGAUGGCAUUGAAUCAAGGAUGACAGUGAGAAAGCAAGAGAGGAGAGGGAAAUGGAGGAACAUUUUGAAACAUACACACUUUGAGGGAGGUAGACAGGGCAGAUAUAGAGAUGUUUCUGCUUGUGUGGGAGUCAAGGACCAGAGGACACAAUCUCAGAAUAGGGGAUCACUUACUUAAGAUAAACAUGAGGAGGAAACAAAAAACAAAGAACUGCAGAUGCUGGAAAUGAGAAACAAAAUCAGAAAUUCCUGGAAAAAUUCAGCAGGUCUCGCAGUAUCUGUGGAGACAAGGCAAGGCAGAGUUAACAUCUUGAGUCUAGCGGUCCUUCUUCAGAACUGACUCAAAAUGUUAACUCUGUUUUCUCUCCACAGAGGUAAGGAGGAAUUUCUUCCCACAGAGGACGGUGGGCAGUCGUUUUUCAGCCGCAAGGACUCCAUUCGAUCUAUCUACACAUCCCUCCACAGUGAGCUGCGCAAGUUAGCCACCACUGCACGGAACUCAGCAACAGGGGCCUCCCCGUAUCUGGAAGAGCUCCUCUCUCACCUUUCGGAGCAGCUUUGCUUUUUCAUUCAGGCUCGAAUGGAAAUUGCUGACUUCUAUGAGAAGAUGUAUUCCCUCAGCACCCAGAAGUCCAUCCACUCAACAGAAGUGGUGCAUGCGCUGGAGGCGAUUCUGCAGAAAUACAGCUCCAGGUUCCAUCACCCCAUCUUGAGCCCUUUGGAGAGUAGCUUCCAGGUGGAGGUGGACAUACUGGCUCAGCUUCUGAAGGCGCAGAAUGAGAUCAGUGAGUGGAAGUUCCUCCCGUCACUGCUGAACCUGCAUAGCGCCCACUCCAAGCUGCACAGCUGGGGACAGACUUUUGAGAAACAGCGGGAGACCAGGAAGCACUUAUUCGGGGGCCAGACCCAGAAGGCCCUUCAGCCGCCGCACCUCUUCCUGUGGCUGGCCAAGCUGAAGACCGCCCUGUUGGCCAAGUUCACCUUCUACUUCCAUGAAGCACUGGGCCGCCAGACCACCUCGUCAGAAAUGAAGGCCUUGACCGCAAAGACCAACCCGGAUUACUGCGGCAAGAUCUCCAGCUUUAUUCGCAAGUAUGACGCCGAGAACGUCUCGCUGAUAUUCGACAACAGGGGCUCCGAGACUUUCCAGGGGCAUGGAUACCAUCACCCACACUCAUACAGGGAAGCCCCCAAGGGGGUCGAUCAAUACCCGGCCAUUGUUUCCUUGCCCACUGACCGGCCCCUAAUACAUUGGCCCAACGUGAUCAUGAUCAUGACGGAUCGAGCAGCGGAACUGAACACUUUGGACAAAGUCGUCCACUUUUACGACGACAAGGUACAGAGCACUUACUUCCUGACGCGCCCCGAGCCCCAGUUCACCAUUGUGGUCAUCUUCGACUCCAGGAAGUCUGAGAAAGACUCUCACCUUCUCUCCUUCCUCAAUGAGCUUUCCAGCUCCUUGAAGAAUUCCAAGCCGUUUGCCAGCUUGAAGCCAGGGUCGAAAAGCUGAAGCCAGCAGCUCUCGUCCCAGUAAAUGCAUCACUAAUGAUGAAACAAGGAUGGCAGGAGGUGGAUUCCGCUGGCAGUGGAUUCCAGAGUAAUUUUCCAGACUUCAAUCAAGUCUCCAUCCAUUACUGUUGGGAGAACUGGGACUCCAGUAAUUGUUUCAGUCUUUGGGAUGGUUGAGUCCCGUAACUCUCACCCAGCUAAGAAUUGCACAAACUAUGUUUACUAUGAAUGAUUGCAGUAAUGUCAAUGCUAAUGCUAACUGAUAUGAGGAUACCUUAUGACUAUGAAAUAAAACACUUGAAUUCAGUGCGAA